ACGGCAGGGGAAGUGGAAUCCGAUUGGAUGUCGUGUGCCGUAAACCGUGGUCGUAACAGAGCCGAAGAGAAACGUGGGACAGAAGAACAGCGUGUGUGUUUUUUUCUUCUCUUUAACGAUGGAGGCCAAACCCAGAAAACACUUUUCUCCUAAAGGGGGAAAGAAGCAGACGUUCACACCGAGAGGAACAGAUCCUAACGGGACCAAGCUCGGGAGGAAACCGGAAGGUAAGAAGCCGUUCAAACCGUUCAACAACACAAAGAGCAGAGCGGGAAAAGGACGAGACAGCGGAAAGAAAGACGAGAGAUUUGCUUUCUCUAAAGCUGGAGCAGGACAGAGGAAAAGAAAAGUGACUCCUGGAAAAGAUGCAGACCAGAGUGAAGGACCAGGGAUCAAGAGGAUGAAGUCAGGAAAGAAGGAGCUGACGGAGGAGGAGCUGAAGAAGAACCGGCAGCAGAGGAAGAAAGAGCUGAAGCAGAGUAGACAACAGGCGGAGAGGAAGGACAUGUUUGACAUCAUCACUCAGGCCAAACAACUGUGGGCAGAUCUGAGGAGGAAGAAUUGUGACAACGACAUGAAGAAGAAGCUCAUGAAGAAGCUUCAUGAUCUGAUUCGUGGGAAAAUCAAACAAAUGGCGUUUGCCCACGACUCGGUGCGAGUGCUGCAGUGUUUCGUGCAGUUCGGCAGCCACGAGCAGAGACAGGAAGUGUUUGACGAACUUAAAGAUGACGUCGUCGGUCUGUGUAAGUCUCAGUAUGGAAAACACGUGGUGAAGAAGCUGCUCAUGUACGGGAACAAAGAGGUGGUGGCCGCUGUGAUGCAGGCGCUGAAAGGUCACGUGAGGCCAAUGCUCCGUCACGCCGCCGCGUCGUCCAUCGUUGAGUAUGCGUACAACGACAAAGCCGUGCUCGCACAGAGGCUCAUGCUCACGGAGGAGUUGUACGGGAACACCUUCAUCGUCUGCAAGUCGUCUGUGUGUAACACCAUCGACAAAGUCGCGGAGGAAAACCCGGGAAAACUGAGCAACAUCAUCGACGAGAUGAAGCAGAUCCUCACGCCCAUGGCUCAGAAAGAACAGGUGAUCAAACACUCGCUGGUUCACAAAGUCUUCAUGGACUUUUUCCACUUUGCUCCAGAGAAACAGAGAACGGAAAUGAUCGAGUCCAUCAGAGAGUCCGUCGUCUACAUGGCUCACACACACGAUGGAGCUCGAGUCGCCAUGAACUGUGUGUGGCACGGCACGGCCAAGGACAGAAAAGUCAUCAUUAAAACGAUGAAGAGUUACAUGGUGAAGUUUGCCACGGGCGAGUUCAGUCACCUGGUCCUCAUGUCCAUAUUUGACAGUGUGGACGACACAAAGUUGGUCAAACAAGUGGUUUUGUCGGAGAUCCUGUCGUCUCUGGACGAGGUCAUCAACAACAAAUACGGUAAAAAGGUUCUGUUGUACCUGCUGAGCCCCAGAGACCCGGCUCACCUGCUGCCAGAGAUCAUCAAGGUUCUGGAGAAAGGAGACGGAAACCCCCACAGUAAAAAAGAAGCCGUUGUUCGGAGGAAGGAGCUGCUGGAAGCUGUGUCCCCGCCCCUGCUCGAGUAUCUCCGUGACAACGCCGUCAACAUGGCGCUGGACAAAGCCAGCAGCGUCACCGUCAGCGACAUCCUGGGCUCGGCCUGCGGUGACCUCCGACCCGCCAUGACAGCCGUGGCUCAGCUGGCCAAUCAGGAACUGAUACCAGGAGGAGCGAGUGGAGUGCUUCACAUGGCCGAACAUCCAGCCGGUCACCUGGUGCUCAAGUGGCUCAUCGAGCAGGACGCCACCCUGGCAGAGGCCGGGAAGGAAGAGCGCUUUGGCAGAAUCCUGGUGGACACGGUGGGGACGGACAACAUGAAGAGCUGGGUCAAAGUCAACAGAGGAGCCAUGGUUCUGUGCAGUCUCCUGAGCAGCUGUGACACGUCCGUUUCCUCGGAGGUGAAGGACGCGCUGACGUCCAUCGCGUCGCAGCUCGGCAGCGGUGGCGGCAACAAGGGAGCAGAAAUCCUGCUGGAGCGGCUCCACAAAUAAACUCUGGAACGUUUCUGCAGGCCAGGCCACGCCCCCCGCCAGGACAACGUCCGUUUGUGUGGGGAACGACGUGGAAAAAAUGGAUUUAUGUUUGUGAAUAAUGAAACUAUAGUGUUGGAGGACAACGAUGAGGUCAUUUCACCUGUAAUCUUCAACACUAACACAAGGUGGAGCUGUUGUUCAAGGAUAAACAUUUAAUAAAGUUUAAAAACAGAA